AAAUCAAAUCAUUUUGACAAAAAGGAACCAGUUUGCAUAUUUCAGAGCCCUGAGCUCUUAUCCUCGUACAAGAUGAACUCAAUUUUUGGAGUUGUGGACGCUGAAGAGAGUCUAAUCAGUUGCAUUGUUCUUAGAAUUUUUGUCAGCUAAAUAUCUUUUGGAUCCAUUCACAACGAAUUUUGGCUGCUUCUGGGGUUUAACUAACCUCCCUAUUUGUUCAGUUCAUCACCUGCAUUUCUUCUUCUCCCUUUUCUUGUCAAGAAAACAUGGCCGAAGCCAUCCGGUUCUCUUCCUCUACCAGAAUUUUACCGUCAAGAGCAAACCCAUUUCAUUUUCAUCUGUCCCGCGACGUUUCCUUGUUCAGUUUAUGCCAAAAUCUGUCAUCCCCAAGCUUCAAAACACUUUCUUUACCUAAAAAAUUAGCGGCUUCUUAUUUUCCCGGGACUUUUCAUGUGUUUGGAGGGGAAAUCGAGGUGAUUAAUGCUUGGAGCGGAGAAGGAUCCUUGCAGGAGCUGGAUGACUCGCCUGUUUCUGUUGAGCUGGAACCUAUUUGUAGCGAGAGCCAAUUCGAUCGGGUCAUAGCAGAAGCACAGCAACUUGAAGAAUCGGUUAUUGUUGUUUGGAUGGCGAGUUGGUGCAGAAAAUGUAUAUAUUUGAAACCGCAAUUGGAAAAGUUGGCAGCUGAUUACUAUCCAAGAUUGCGAUUCUAUUGUGUUGAUGUCAAUAAUGUUCCCCAUAAGCUUGUUGCUUAUGCAGGAGUCACUGUCAUGUAUAGCCAAUUCCAAGCAUGGAGAAAGCGGGGGGGCUGCAAUAAAUGACAGCCAGAGGCAGGGAGGAAGGCCAAACUUAUUGAACAUGAAAGAGGCAGGAAGAUAAGGGAUAGGCUUUGGCUCACAUGGGAUAAAGUAGAAAAGAAGGAUUGUAACAGCAGUAGAUCUUUCUAAAGAUGAAGCCGUAAACAGAUUUGAAUGGAGAAAAUGGAUCCAUGUGACCAACUACAAUUAGAUUGGGAAUUUGGGAUUAAAGUUUAGUUUAGCUAACUUGAACAUAUUAGAUAAAGACCUCUGCUGGUGUAACCAAAGAAUUCAUGAAUAUAACUCAAUGUACAUUCAUAUUUAUCUUUUUUGGCUUUAAGAAUUUGAUAUUCAUACACAAUUAUUGUGUAGGUUUGGAAAAAUUGCCAUUUAAAAUUCAUAUAUUAUGCCAAAUCCUUUUUGUGGUUGUUAAAUAAGCAUACCUCUAUGUUAGGUUUUGACAAGAAAUUUAGAUGAAUUUUUAAUAGAACCUUAACUGUAGGAUUACUGGCAAAAAAUAUGGAAAUCCAAUUAGAUUUUGUUUGGACUCUGGUGCAUAAAAUGGGUAGCUUAUUUAAGUCUCUCUCUCUCUCUCUCUCUCUCUCUCUCUCUCACACACACACACACACACACACACACACACACACUUUUAAAGAUCCCUUUUUGAUGUAUGGAAUUUCUUGGUAUCUCUUGCAUAUUUAAUGCCUUCUUACAGAAAUUUCUUUCUUGAAGUUAAUGGCCUGUUGCCUCUUUCUAUAUAGCAUAAUUUACUAGGUAUAUAUUUUUUGAGACUAACUGGUUUGCUAUUGAAAUGUGUUGGAUUCCCUGUAUGGUCACUAUAAUCUUUUUAAUAUCAACAAAAUUUAUUGGUUGAAUAUAAUAUAUCCACAGUCUAGGUAGCUUGUACUAACCAUUCAACAAUCACAGCUACAAUGUAUAACUUCAAUCUUCGUAAAAUACACUCUAUAAAUGCUUUACCCUUCUUUUUUUUUUGGUCUUUACUGAUGUGAGAGUCAUUUUCAUCUUGUUAAUCCUAUACUUCAUGCUUGUUUAAUGCAUAUCUCUCUAUUUCUAAUCAGCACUUGAUUAUUUCUUUUCAUGCAUAUGAAUGUGGACGACAAAACUUCUGCAGAAAAUGCCUACCAUACAGGUAA